GAAGCGUCUUCAUUGUGGCACACCCACCCUUUUGCCGUCGUGCAGUGUCCCCUCUAUCGGACCCAGAAAUCAACUGUUGCGCAGGAAAGGCAAGCAUAGUUAAUUCCCCACAGCCUGCCCAGGGCCAAGGAUAGGAUAACAAAUCAGGAAUUUCCCUCUGCCACUCCUGAAAAUGAGCGCGACGAAAAAGCAAACGCGCAACGAUUCAUUUGUACGCCUCCCGUUUCCGCUCAGAAAAUAAGGGUCUACAGUAGAAGUGCUCCAAAAAGUUACUUCUUCCCCCCCAAAUGAACUACAGGGCGUCUAUAUCCCGAAAAGUUGGGGCGAGCAUUCCCAUCGUUCUACCAGCAACUAAUAACGGAUAACGUUUUAAGCAGUUGGGAGUUAAUCCAGUGCUGUCUUUUACAAAUGGUUUGACCACGAGUCCACUGGUGGAAUCGCCUGCUGAAGUGGAAACGAACCAACGAGCAAAACUUUGGGUUUUAUAACUUUUGUGCGCCCUCUUCUCCGUGGAUUGGUGUUGCUACACCCUCUCCCACUAAUCGCCCAUGGCGUAGACGGUCGUCAUAUCUUCAUCUGUUUCCGAAGAACGUGGAUAUUUUUUGUGGAGUUAAAACUCAAAUGAACGUUUACACAUGUGUGUGUGAUUCUACGUUUUACUCCCAAGAAGACAGAGGGUCGCCAAAAGAUCAUUUUAAAGUUCUUGUUCCCCGCUGGGAGGAAUGGUUGACAAAAGAGGCACAUGGAAGGAUGCCGUUUCUUGUACAAUGGAACUGAAAAGUAUUUUUGCAGUGGCCGUGGUGUUGAUUUUAUUCAUUUCGCCGGGCUUUAGUCAAGAACUCAGUCCUAAGGGUAGGAAUGUAUGCAAAACAACAGGGUCACCCGAGUCGGCGGCUGCGGUGUGCUGUGGUGGCUGGGCCCAGCUAGGGGAGGAAUGCAUCAUCCCUCUUUGCGAGGGCAACUUUACUUGUAAGGAGAACGAGGUAUGUGUCAGGCCCAAUGAAUGCCGCUGUCGACAUGGGUAUUUCGGAGCCAGCUGCGAUACCAAGUGUCCCACCCAAUUCUGGGGUCCGGACUGCAAAGGCAAGUGCAACUGCUACCCGAACGGGAAGUGUGACGACGUGACGGGCGCCUGCACCUGCAACCCCAACCGCUGGGGCUUCAACUGCGAGAAGCCCUGCGCCUGCCAGAAGGGCAAGUGCGACCAGGAGACGGGCAAGUGCACCUGCCACGCCGGCUUCUGGGGGCCGCAGUGCGCCAACCAGUGCUACUGUGCCAUCAACUCGGUGUGCGACCAGGCCACGGGCCGCUGCCUCUGCCAGCCCGGCUGGUUCGGGCGCAGCUGCAACACCCAGUGCGCCUGCAACGGGAGCCCCUGCGAGCAGUUCACGGGCCGCUGCCAGUGCCGGGAGCGGCUGUGGGGGCAGCACUGCGAGCGCUACUGCCAGUGCGUGCACGGCAAGUGCAACCAGGCCGACGGGUCGUGCACCUGCAAGCCGGGCUUCCGCGGCAAGUUCUGCCGGGAGCCGUGCCCCGCCGGGUUCUACGGGCAGAACUGCCGGAACAGGUGUGGCCACUGCAAGGGUCAGCAGCCGUGCAAGGUGACAGAGGGUCGCUGCAUCACAUGCGAGCGGGGCUGGAACGGCACCAAGUGUGACCAGAUGUGUGUCCCGGGCUUCUUUGGCGAGAACUGCCAGGACGUGUGCCCGCCCUGCAAAGACGGCCACCACUGCAGCCGCAUCGACGGCAAGUGCCCCCACUGCAAUCCCGGCUGGAUCGGAGAUCGCUGUGAGGUGCGCUGCUCCAAUGGCACAUAUGGGGACCGCUGUGAGAACGACUGCAGCCACUGCUUCAACGGGGACUGUCACUUUGCCACCGGGGAGUGCCUGUGUAACCCGGGCUUUCACGGGACCUAUUGCAAUCUCACCUGUGGGUUUGGCCAGUACGGAGUCAACUGCGCCCAGACCUGUCCUUGUCACGACAUGAACUGUGACCGAAUGUCCGGAGACUGCAUACUGCUGCCUAACCAGCGGAUGGGUGUGAUUGCGGUGGCCGUGCUGCUGGUCCUCCUCCUGGGCCUGCUCUGCUGCUGCUGCCUGUGCCACAACAAAGGGGACAGCAGCUCUGAGCAGGAUAAUUCCACCAGUGGCAAGAAGGCCAAGCGUCUCCUCUGCGGUCGCUUCAGCCGAAUCAGCACCAAGCUGCCCAGGAUUCCAUUACGUCGACACAAGCUGCCCAAAGUUGUCGUAGCCCACCAUGAUCCCGACACCUUCAACUGCAGCUUCAUCGAGCCGCCGUCCGAGGUGGAGCCGCAGUCGACCACCUGGUCCGAUCAGGGCUCCUUCUCCUCCUUCGAGACCAGCGAGGACGGCCCCGUCUACUGCAUUCCCCACGAAGAUACCGUCGACGAGAGUAACGAGAAGAGCAGCUCCACUGCCGUGGCGGAGAGCACAGCAGAGGAGGACGCCGGCGAGUACACGUCCCUUAAAGAGACGGUGCCCGCCGCCGAUCAGCCUCUACUCAAGUCCACAGACAGCGAAGGGGGCUCCACCAGCGGAUCGGAGUCCACCACGGGGGCCCUGUACGCCCAGAUCGCCCGCCUGUCCAAGCAGUCCAAGGAGGACGAGGACGGCUGCAUCAUCGAGAUCAAGGGCAACGGGAAGCCUCCAUCCCCGGAGAGGACCAAGCCAAGGCCGCCAGACCCCUCCACCAAGCCCAAGGUCUCUUGGAUCCACGGCGCCACCACGACGACCCCGACCAACACGCCGGAGAAAGGAGGGAAGGGAGAGUCCGGUACGCCUAGCGAGAAACCAAAGAACAAGGAGAAGGAGAAGUCGGGCAAAGACAAGACCAAAGACAAGAAGAGCCCAGAUGGGAAGGCCACCUCCGGCGGCGAGACAGCAGGCGGCGACUCCCCCAGCAAGGCCAAGGCCCAGAAGGGCCGCACGGUGGAGGAGCAUCGGGAGCACAUCAACGGCGUGGUGCAGAACGCCCUGAAGAAGAUCAGCAGCUUCCACUCCGACAAGAAGGCCGCCAAAGACAAAGACAAGGACAAGGACAAAGACAAAGAGCCGGAGCCCCUCAAGGACGAAGCGGCUCCCAAGAGCCCCAAAAUCAUGCACAUGCCCCAGCAUAUGCACAUGAACUCGGAGGCCGCCACACUGUUGGCCGCCCAGCUGAAGGAGAAAACCCAGUCCAUCAACCGCAACGAGGGGCUGGUGGGAGUGGUCAAGACCAAUGGGCUGUCCACUCCACAGAUGCGAGAGCAACGCGAGAAGCCUACACCGCCCCAGAAGGCGAAGCGCUCGGUGGGCAGCGUCGGCAGCGGGGGCACCCCCCAGGGGCAAGGCUCCUCCACCACCAAGCCUCUGCUGCCCACCACGGGCAGCCUCCAGAAGAUGGUGGCACCCGCCGUCGUGUCGGACUCGGCGGUGGAGAGCACUGAGCCUCGAAGCCCUGAGAAACAGCAGCUGACGGCGGCGGCCAUGAACGGCUCAAAGACUGCGGAGGUGUCGGGAGGCGGAGGAGGAGGGGGAGUCGGAGUAGGAGUAGGAGUAGGAGGGGGGGACUCUACGCCCAAGAAGACCCCUAUCAAAAAGCCGCCCAGGAAGAAAGGCAAGGAGGGGAACGCCCCGGACACCCCUGAGACCAAAGCCACUCCAAAGACCGCCAUCAUGCCACCUCAAGUUGUGAAAAACAAUUAAGUGCCGUACAGGGGUGCAUUUCUCAACAACAACAUUGCUAACUAAGUUAGCAACUCACUUGGUUGCAAUGCAAUUACCCAUUGGAAACUUAGUAAGUUGCUAACUGGGUAGCAACGAUGCUUUUGAGAAACAGGGUUCAGUCUCCAAAGAGCUGCUUGCUGAACCACAUGUUUUUUCCCCAUUAGUGACUAAUUCUAGUGUUGAUACAAACACGAAGGAUUUUUUUUUACAUGUCCAGCACAUACCAGAAGCAAAAAUCACUCAAGAAAAAAUACUUUCUGGAGUGUAAAGUACUCAGAGAAAUGCUUAAUACCAUUCAGUAUUAAUAUGUACAUGGGUUUUGAGGUUAAUGUUAUAAGCUUGGUUUUAUAUUAUAAAUUCAAGUGUAUGCAAACUAUAAGCCGAUAAUUUAGUAUAUUCUAUAUUCGUAUUAUACAAGGUUAUGUUAUUGAUGGGUGUUCUUACCUGUGUUCAAAGACAGUGGCAUAAGUCUUAGUUUUGUGGAAUGCUGCAGUAUCCAGCACUUUCAAGAUGUUUUAUUCAAAAAAACAAAGUAUUUAAUGAUUUUGUUUACCGGUACUGGUAAUGCAGACACAUUUCGACUUUGCCUAAACCAGAUCCUGAUCAUAUACAUAUUCAACCUAUACACUCCAGAUUAUCGUAAACUAUAGACUAUAUUUAUCUAUAACAAGAUGGUUAGGUUAAUAGUUGGGACUUGGAAACUUCUUUGGCACCAUAAUUGAACAGCCUGUGGUGGGGGUUUGAGGUUAGCAUGCUCUCUGUCUUCUCCAAAAUGGUAGCUUCACUCGUGAUUGGCAUUUAAUUUUCUGCAGUUCAAAAGAGCAUACUGCUAUUUAAUUGUGAUAAAUCAUGCCUCAGUAACGGGGCGGGAUGAAGGGAAGCGGGGUGAGCCGCAAGACCCCAUCAUGAUACCACUGUCAAGCUCCCUGGGCAGUGUUGCCAGAUUGGGCUGUUUCCCGCCCAAUUGUGGGCAGUUGUUUGACCACAGAAAGAACAGUGCUCCUGUAGAGGAAGACACUGAUGUGAUGUCAAUAAAACAAUCAAUCAAUCAAUCAAUCAAUGGGGUUGAUUAGGAUGGCCGUCUGCGGAUAAAAAUGGCACUUAGUAGAAAAACCUGUCCAAUUUUUGGCCAUAGAAAUCAAUAGAAUUGGCCGGGAUUUAGUGCUUCCAGACGUGUUUUGAGCAUUUUUUUUGGGCUGAAAAUCAUCAGCCUUAUCUGGCAACCCUGUCCUUCGGAAGCACGAGACACCCCUGGGCCGGCAGGCAAAGCAGGAGAUGUGAAGAAUAACCUUUCUGUCAAGACCUGGGUUUGAAGCGCUCUUUUGGCCAGCAGCAUGUAUCACAGUGCAAUCAACUGAGGCACACUGGAAUCCUUCAUCGUGCAGUCAGCAUGGGAGGAAAUUCUAAAAGCCUGAAAGUCAAGUCAAGCCAAGCCAUCCACACACCGUGCCCUGGAGUGGCGUAAGUGGGUUUUUUGUCAACAGUGCCCUUUUCCUUCUUUCCAUCCAGACCGAGACUGAAUGUGUGUGACGGUGCUGUGCUGUGCUGUGUUGGCCUCCGGUAAUGACAGGUGAUACGGUUACAGUGGCAGGCGGCUUGACAUAUCUUCAGCCAGCGGUGGCAUUACUCAAGCAAGGGUGGUAGUUUAGCUUUUCAGCAUUCCGCAUUCCAAUGAUUCCUCCUGCCACACACACACACACACAAAACAAACAUAGACUUGUGCCUUUGUAAGAAAAUAAUAACAGUAUUUUGUGCUUGUGUUGGUAGUGUGAGCCGGUAAUUCUCGACAAAAAUGUAUCUCGGUCUUCCGUACAGAAUGGACAAUACGGCAGACAAAAGUACGACAGUCACCGCACCACCAACCCAUCAACUAGACUGUACAGAACACAUUCGUUGGUGUUUAUAUUGCCGUAGCAAGUUGCCUGUGCGAGAAAAAAGACAGCGCAGUUGAAUGGUACGAGACGAGUGCACCACCUCUCAAGUGUCGGCCACGUGCACCCUCAGCCCUCAGCAAGACUGUCUAUUCCUAGCGGUUUCCUGCACACAUUGUCUCCCCUCAGUCUAUGAUAGCAUGUAAUUACGGAACAACGUAUCAUGUUCAGAGUUAUAGGCCUAACAAGCACUUGUGGGAUAUUCUGGGACGAGGAAUACCCUCUGUAUUAAAUUGAAGGACUAGAAUGGCUAGAGCGCUAGAGUGAAACUCGAAGAAAAACUGGAGGCUUUUGUGAGUUUUGAUGCUAUGUGUUAAGAUGUUUUUGUACUGUCCUUUGCCUUGUUCACAUGAAGCAGGAAGAGUGUCUCAGUGUGUACAGACAGUAGUUUGAUAUGAAGACCACGUGCCUAUGAUGUAAAGUUAAAAAAAAUGUUGUUACUAUGGUUUUUCUAUAAUGGUACAACUAUUUAGUCUUUAUAAUGGUUAUUUUUCUACGUUAAAAUAUUUUGUAAUAAUAUUUUGUCUAUGUCUGUAAGCUGUGCUUAUGUGAUGUUUUGCUAUCUCAUGUUAUUUUUUACGUUAAAUGAACUGGCUUUCAUUUUUCUUUAUUCUUUUUGUUUGUUUCUCCAUUUUAUAUAUAAACAUCAGGUACAAAAAUUGAAUAUGAUUUUUUUUUCUGUAUACUCGAGACUUUUUAGUGGGUGUGAGAUAAUAUGUGUUUGUCAUUUCUCUGUGGAGAUUCUUGUUCCUGGGACAAUGAACUGCAUGAAGCAGAGAUAAAUGAUUAUUUUUGGUUAUGUACCCCACUUUUAUAAUGGUCCACUGGGUUUAUUUAAAACUGCUUUCUUUCCAAAUCAUUCACUCUGAUAAGACCAGUUAAACACGAUUUUGCACAAAUGUCUAUGUGAAAACAUGCAUCGAUUGUAAAUGUUUGGAAGUCUGGUAUGGCAUCUUGAGGACUAAGAUUUUGCUGAAGGUAAAAUCUGAUUUCUGCCUGUUCCCAGCCCCUCAUCAUUGUCAUACAAAUUCUUGGGUUUUUGUCCGCAUAAUCAGUUGCCACUUGACAGUGUGUCCUUCUUGUAAAUGUUGUUGUUGUUCCUCAGUUACUUCAAGAAAAUAAAAAGAAAAUGUAGCAAACAAA